AUGGCAACAAAACGUAAAGUUCCUGACAAUCCAAACUCUGAGUUAAUCGAUUUUCUCAAUGAAUUAGGCGAAUACGAGAAAAAUGUUUCUCGUGCAAUUCAUAAAUACAAUGCUUAUCGAAAAGCAGCAAGUUCAAUUGCUAAAGUUGGUCAUAGAAUCGAAACGAUCAAAGAUAUCAAAGGAUUAGAAGGGAUUGGAAAGAAAAUUGAAGCAAAAAUUGAACAAUAUUUAUCAACUGGAAAAAUCAAAAAGUUAGAAGCGAAUCGAGGGGAUGAAACAGGUGCGGCUAUAACACAAAUGACACGUAUUAUGGGUGUUGGACCUGCUCAUGCGAAUAAACUUGUUCAACAGGAAAAAAUCAAAUCAAUUGAUGAGUUACGAGCACAUCCAAAACGCAAUACAUUGUUAAAUAAAACUCAACAACUUGGUUUAAAAUAUCUCGAAGAAUUUGAACAAAAAAUACCUCGAGAUGAAAUGAAAGAAAUGGAAACAAUUAUUCUAUGUGAAAUUACUGCAAUUGAUGAUGAAUUGAAAGCAGAAAUUGUCGGUAGUUAUCGAAGAGGUGCAAAAGCAAGUUCAGACAUUGAUGUUUUGGUAACACAUCCAACAGCCACUAAAUUAUCUUCAUUUCUACACAAAAUAGUCGAUCUUCUAACAGAAAAAGUUGCUUUUAUCACCGAUACAAUUUCGAUUGGAGACUCGAAAUUUAUGGGUGUUUGUCAAUUAGAAAAUACGAAGUUACAUCGUCGUAUUGACAUAAGAGUAUUUCCGAGCGAACAGUAUCAUUGUGCAUUGCUUUAUUUCACUGGAAAUGAUCAAUUGAAUCGUCAAAUGCGUAUUGUGGCACAAGAGAAAGGUUAUAAAUUAAAUGAAUAUUCAAUUCAAAAAGUUGGAUCAACCGGUGUUUUGAGUAAACCAUUACCAGUGUCAUCGGAAAGAGAUAUAUUUGAUUAUCUUCAAAUGGAUUAUAAAGAACCAAAUGAACGAAAUGUAUAA